AUGUCAUUAGUAGCUUUGAAAAACGGUGUAGCUAGCGUGUUAAGCAAGAAGAACUCCUCAGAUGAAGAGCUUGAAAGAGCAAACAGACUUUUGGAGAACAAUAGCCUUCCAUACGGUUCCACAGACAACAACGGCAACAAUAGUGACGACAGGGCAGCCGAAAUAGCAAGAGAAGAAGCUGUUAUACAUGCAGCAGCCUCAAUAGCAUCAUCUUCAGCAAACAAAGAGGAGGAAGAAGCAAACAACAGCUUUUUGACAAAUUUCUUUAAUAGGUUUGAUCCAAGAGUCAUGUCAGAUAUAAUUAUUGGCCUAAGUGAUGGGUUAACGGUGCCGUUUGCGUUGACUGCUGGUUUGUCUUCAUUGGGAGACUCCAAGUUGGUUAUUACUGGUGGUAUGGCUGAAUUAGUAUCGGGUGCUAUAUCUAUGGGUUUAGGUGGGUUUUUGGCCGCCAAAUCGGAGAGUGAAUAUUACAAUUCUCAAGUGAAAAAGGAGAAAUUGAGCUUUUUCAAGAAACCAGAAACCGUUAAUCAAGAUGCUGCUGAGAUUAUGUUUGAAUUGGGUGCUAGUGAACAAACAAUUAUAAGUUUUUUAAAGGACUUGGAUUCAAAACCCAAAAAUUUGAUUGACUUCAUUAUCAGAUUUGGUAGAGGCUUGGAAGAGCCAGCUGAAGGAAGAGAAUUUACUUCAGCAAUGACUAUAGGAUCUGCAUAUUUCCUUGGUGGAUUUGUACCCCUUUUACCAUAUUUUUUCACCAAUGUCGUCAAGACUGGGUUAUUGAUUUCUGUGAUUGUGAUGUUGAUCACAUUGUUUAUCUUCGGCUUUAUCAAAACUUCUAUAUCCUUGGGAGAUGAUUGCGGGAACCACAAGAAAGUCGCCGAAGGAUUUCAAAUGGUUGCUGUUGGCUCAGUGGCUGCUGGUGCAGCUUGGGGACUUGUAUACCUUAUAGAUAACUGA